AUGAGUGUUUGUACCAAUCGUUGGGGCUUUAAUCUUGAUAAAAGAAAGACUUCAACGUUAAUUUUGGUAGCAGUUUUGGUUCACACAUGUACGGCUAGUAUCACAGAAAAGGAUGUGAGUUAUAUUUCAAUUUUUUACACUAUACUUAUCUUAAUAAAAGCCUACCUUUACCUAAAACAAUCUGAAAGGCAAUUUCCUUUUCGCCCUUUUUAGAAUGACAUUUCAUAUUUUAUCGUUUUAGGUAAUAGACAAGUCCAAGCAAUCAGAAGAAACGACGUUAAAUUCAAAAGAUUUCGAAAACGCACCAUCAAAAGAAGAAGAUCUCAAAAGGAUAGGCAUAAAAGUACCAGAUGACCCAACUAUGGGCUCUAAAAACGAAGGAGACAUAUUGAUGCCAAAACUCAAAGAAAAAGUGUUUUUGGACGAAAGGACUGGGCUUGGAAGGAAUGCUAUUAGGCAGUCUUAUAGGUAGGUCAUGGGGUAGGGUAGGGUAGGUAGGGUAGAGUAGGGUAGGGUAGGGUAGGGUAGGGUAGGGUAGGUAGGGUAGGGUAGGGUAGGGUAGGGUAGGAUAGGGAUAGGGUAGGGUAGGGUAGGGUAGGGUAGGGUAGGGUAGGGUAGGGUAGGGUAGGGUAGGGUAGGGUAGGGUAGGGUAGGGUAGGGUAGGGUAGGGUAGGGUAGGGUAGGGUAGGGUAGGGUAGGGUAGGGUAGGGUAGGGUAGGGUAGGGUAGGGUAGGGUAGGGUAGGGUAGGGUAGGGUAGGGUAGGGUAGUAGGGUAUGGUAGAAUAAAAAUCACCCUUCCUCCAUGAUUCAAUUGUCUAUAUAUUACGCCUAUUACAGAAAAUGGCCCAACAACGAGAUUCCCUACACCCUCAGCACCCAGUACGGCUCGUACUCGCGGUCCGUCAUCGCGAAAGCAAUGAACGAGUAUCAUACCAAAACAUGUGUCAAAUUUGUUCCUCGCGACACGAAAAAACAUCGCGAUUAUGUAUACAUUCACCCCGACGACGGGUGUUAUUCGUUAGUGGGUCGAGUUGGUGGUAGGCAACCGUUGAGCUUGGACUCGGGUUGUAUUCAAACUGGCACUAUUGUACAUGAACUGAUGCAUACUGUGGGGUUCUUUCAUGAACAGUCCAGGUAGGGUAAUAUAAAUUUAUGGUUUUCAUAAAAAGAAAAGACAAAUUUUCCACUACUAAGUAAACGAAAUUUCAACUUUUUAGUUAUUUUUGUGUUUCUAAUUUUAAGUGAACAAAAUGUCAAAAUUUUGAGUUUUUUCAAUAUCAAGUGAACAAAAUGUCAAUUUUUCGCAAUUUUUAUUUUUUCCAAUACCAAGUUAACAUAAUGUAACUUUAAAACAUUUUAAGACAUUUAUAUAAUUAAUUCAGAUACGACCGUGACCAAUUCAUAGAAAUAGUCUGGCCAAAUGUCAUAAACGGUGCCGAUGACCAAUUUGAAAAGUAUGGCACAAAUGUAAUCGACCAGUUCAACGAACCCUAUGACUACUCCUCAAUCAUGCACUACGGACCAUACGCCUUUAGUGCCAAUGGAAAACGUACCAUUUUGGCGCGACGCAAUGGUGCCAAUAAAAUGGGACAACGAGUACAGUUUAGUGAAAUAGACCUGAGGAAAAUCAACCGGUUGUAUCAAUGCGAUUCGCAGAGUAUGAUCAAGAAACCGCCUCGACCGCAGCUGCCAGUCCAGGUAAACGGGCUUAUUAGUCGAUUGGGCUUGACUAAAAUCAGCAAGCCCGAGGUGAAGCGACGGCCGUUACAGCCGUUUGGAGGAGGGCGGUUCGGGCUUUGGAAUGGAUAAAUGUGCUUAUUAACACUUGUGCUUACUAACACCGCUUGUCUAUUAUUCAUUUCUUUAGCAACUAUUGAUCUUUGAACUACAAAGUUUGAUUUUUCGGCUAAAAUUUUAAUUUUUUUGAAGAAAUUUUAGUUUGAGGUUUGUUUUUAAAGUUUAAGAAUUGGAAAAAAUUCAUUACUUAGGCAAUAAAUGAGACCGAAGGAAAACACGCUAAGCCUUUUUAAUUUUUUUUUGCUUUAGAAUUUUUUUUGUAAUUUUCUGAAAAAAUUGAUUUUUUGUAUUUUUUCAAGUUAAAACGGAUCUUUCACCUCCCCAACGAGUAUUGCAAUAUAUUAUUGUAACCAUUGUGUUUCACCGUGCAAUUUGUCUUUCAAAGUCUUUAUCAAACCCCAUUUUUGUAUAUAAUGUUAGAUUGAAACUUAAUUUAUUCGUUUGUCUUGUUGGUAGCUACUUUAAUUUGUGUAAUUAAAUUAUUUUAAAAAAUGUUGGCUUUUUAUCGCUUUUUUAACAAAAUGUCAAAAGAUUUAUCGGCUUUUCAGUUUUUUUGUUUUGUCGUGACAAAAUCUGCUAUUUAAUAUGUAAUACUAACAAGUUUUCUGUUGUAAAGAAUUGCAUAAGUAAAUGGGUUACUUUCCUUCAUUUUUCUCAAAACACCUUGUAGUUAUCAAAUGCAAAAUAACUUAAUUCUUAAGUUUUUUCAUUUCUACUCAACUCACACAAACCGCACUUUUCAGGUCUCCACUACCACUAUCACACCUAUCACUAUUUCCACUACCACUAUAUCUGAAAUAUCAACUGCCGCUCCUACUAUCACACUUUCUGUUAAGCCUACACCUACAAGUGUAAAAAAGCAGCCAUCUGUAACCGAACUGUCACAUAAUACUGAAACCCUAAUAACUGAAAGAAAUAAUAAUUUGUCAAAAAAAGAUGACAAAUCAGAAACGAACACUCAAGUACCAAUAACAGUAUCACACCCUAAAUCACGGCAAUUUAUGUUGUUUCGUGUGCCACGAAGGUUCAGAAAGUAUAACUUCUUUUUUUUUAUUUUGUUCAAAUCUUGCCCCUAGUUUUUACGUUCUAAAAUUUAGUUUUUUCUCUACAAGAUUAUCACAAGGAAAAAACUGUUUGUAUUAUAUUACAAAAAACGAUAAAGUACUGUCAAACUAACAAAAUUAAAAAAAAAUCUUGCAGGAAGUCGGUCACUUUGUCAUCCAACCAAACGGACGCGGCUUCACGAUUCACGGCGGUUGGAGCCAAAACAAAGGCUCCGCAUUUGGUACGACCGCGUCAAUCACAACAACAACUACCGCUGAGCCGGCGACCUCAACCGAUACAACAACAGAACUUACAACCACAAGUAAAAAUUUUGCUUUGUAGACCAUUUAAAAACUGCUAUUUUAGAGCAAACCUCAGCCGAAGAUGCGUCCUCCGCCGAGUCCAGUCAAGAGACCGCACGAGAGUGCGUCGACAAAAAUUGGCGAUGCGCCUUCUGGUCAAUGUCGGUGUUUGGCUACUGCGAUAAGUACGCUGAAGUCCGCGAUCAGAUUUGCCCGUUCUCGUGUCGGACGUGUACGCCGCAUCGCUCAGCCCAGACUGUCGGUACGUGAAGUUGCUUGAUAAUUAUUUUUAAAGCUAUUAUAAAGCUAGUGUACCAAAAAACAAUUUGAAAUAAAAUAAUUUUAACAAAUUUUUGUAAAUUUUAUUUUUUUAAUUUAAGACUGUGUCGACAAAAGCGCGGCGUGCUCCAGAAUCCAUCAAACGUCCUGUGAAUCGCCGCUUACGCAACUCCUCUGCCCACGCGUCUGCGGUGCCUGCUCGGACACAACCUUUCCAGCAGACUUCAACAUCGACCCCGCUCACCAAAAGCCGACUUUUUUCCCACCGCCGAUCUUCGCGCAACUCGCAUCGAGUCAGCAGAUUGGUGGCCCAGAAGUCGGCCUUAAUCCAACCGAAGCCAUCAACCCAGCGUCCCCUUUUAAUCCACAAACAGGCCAUACCUUCGGGCACCAAUUCAACAGACCACAAAAUCAGUUUGAAAACCAACCAGUCAAUCCACGAUUUGAAAAUAGACCUGCCCACAUCUCCCCAAAUGAUCAGCCAAUCUUCCCGAUUAAUUCACAGGAGCCAGAGAUUGACCUCGGUUCAGCCCUUGCCUUCAGAACACGGCACAGGGCAGAAGGCCGAAAUGUUAACCCAAAUCAACAAAAGGCCAAUUCCAAUAACAAAGAUGAUAAUUCAAAGACAAAAAGUCAAGAAUCCAACAUCAGCGGCUCCCAAGCGCCUAAUGAAAAUCCUGACAUCACCUUCAAGCUCGACCGCAACGUCCUCUGCUUCGACGUCUCCGAAGCAGAGAUCUGCGCCCACGUCGCAGAGGUGCAGUUGUGCGCCGUCCGGCUGGACUGCGCACGGACGUGCGGGCUCUGCUGA